AUGGAUUUCGCACGCUCAUUUCCACCAUAUUCAACACUAUCCAAUAUCUCCAACGACCUCACCCCGUACAUCAGCGACUCCAUCGAAGGUUGGAUUGCUUCCGUCGCUUCUUCUGCCAACGGCACAGAUUCUCGCCCAAGAGCAUCCAGUGCGCCGCCAUUCAACCUUCACUAUCUGCGCAGCUCGCCUCACUCUAAUCGCGAUCCAACGACGCCAGCGCCGAGCAUAAUAGGGGAUGAAACGCCGAGCAGCAAGAAGACAAGAACUUACCAUCCAGCGCACGAGGUGGCUCUCCAACUUCGCAACGACGGACUGGUUCUAGAUGAAGGCCACAUUCAGAAAUAUCCAAUCUUUUGGGGCUAUGUGUGUGGUUUUGUGGAGUCUGAACGCGCCUCAGCAGAGAAGUUGUCGAAGCCAACAAAACAGAAGGAGCAGAAAGUUUUCAGUGCCACUAUCAAAGCAACCUAUGACUUCGAGGAUACGUACCUUACAGAAGCACUCUCACUGCUGAUGAAGGACCGUUUUGAGGCCUCAGAAGAGUCAGCAGCCCAAAUUCAGAAACAGGCCCAAGAGGAAGCGGGGCAGUGGCAUGAACCAGAUUCGUCUUUCAAUUUGGCCGAAGAGAACGAAUGGAAGAAAUAUGGUCUUAUGAAGGCCACCAAAGUACAGUUUAAGAAGAAGCUUGUGCCAGCCAAGCACAAGACCGUCAUGUUGGCAGUGAAGGAAUACAAAGGCAACACGUGGGCUCUAAAAGACCCUGUGCCGGAUCGGACUAUCGGUUUACACAUUGAUUUCCUCGAUGGCAGAGCCCCUGAGCGCUUACAUCGCAACGCGGAUGUCUGGCAACUGUUCAAUCUUUGUCCGGCAAUACAGCAUCCUUUCGCCGUUCUAGAAGGAAAAGGUACUGGCGGCAACAUCACCGAAAUGCAUAGUCAGGGUAUUCGCGAUAGCGCCACUGUUAUCGCUGUGCAUCGCGAGCUUCGUCACAAAUAUGCAGGCUUGACUGAUGAUGGAUCGACACACCGUGAGGACGACAAAACGCUCACUUCAUACCCUGAUUGGGAAACCUUUGUGUUCUGCUUUACUCUGUCUUCCGAGUCUUUCGAGGUUUAUAUAUGCUGGGCUGAAGUAUUUGAAGAUGGCCCCGUACUCUACCAUAUGGACACAAUCGAGACCUUGAAUCUGAAGAACAAGAAUUCACGCGAACGAGGCUCCAGAUGGCUACAUAAUGUCAUUGAGUGGGGACUAUUUAAGCGAACGCAGGAAAUUCGAGUCAUGCGCCGCCAUAUCUACGACAAAGAGCUAACCAAGCAGAAACAAUCUCCUCUCACAGAUGACGAGCUUAAACAAAUGGGAGUCCAAGAUACGGUUUCUCCGGCAGUUGCAACCAGCUAA